AUGCGUUUCACGUCGCUCGUCACCCUCCUCCCUGCCCUGGCCAUGGCCCAGGAGCAGGUCCCUCUCGCCGACCGCGUGCAGGGAUGGUUCAACCAGGUCAAGUCCUACGUGCCGACUGCCGCUCCCGUGGCUCCCGUCGAGAAGCUCGCCGAGAAGAUCUCCGAGAAGAGCGUCACCCCGGUUUCCAUGAACAACUGGCAAACCAUCCUGACCCCGGGUCCCAAGGAAGAAGACUGGUUGAUUUUCACCACCGGUGGUAACAAGACCUGCUUCGGUCGUUGCGCCCAAGCCGAGAAGGCCUUCAAGGAAUCCGUCCUUCUCUUCUCUGCCGACCCUACCUCCCCCCAUCUCGGAUACUUGGACUGCGAGGCCAACCAGGUUCUCUGCGCCGCCUGGUCCGCCAGCGCGCCUUCCGUUCAGUACUACCAGGUUCCCCAGGAGCAGGCCGGCGAGCGCGCCCCUACUCCCCUCCGCACCGUCUACCUGAACUCCACCACCGUCACUCCCGAGACCAUCUACGAGAUCCACUCCAAGAAGACCUACGAGAAGGUCUCUCCUUACGAGGGUAUCCUCCACCCCGUUGACGGUCUGCUCGCCCAGUACCAGCUCAACAUCCCUCUUGGAUACGUCAUCUGGGGUCUUGGUGCUGUCCCCAGCUGGUUGUUCAUGAUUGGUAUCAGUUUCUUCAGCCGUACCAUGAUGGGCCGUCGUGCCGGUCCUACCGGCAACGCUCCCCGUGCCGCCCCUGCCGGAAGCGCCAACUAG